CGCCUGGCCGCCUGUCCUCCUCUAUCUGAGCUGUCCAGCGAUGGAGUCCAACGCCCCGAGCGAAGAGAACGAGGGAGGCGCGGCGACAGGAGAAUGUGUGAAUAAGAUCCCGGUGCCAAGACCACCCUCCAUUGAGGAUUUCACCAUAAUGAAGCCCAUUAGCCGCGGCGCCUUCGGGAAAGUGUACYUGGGACAGAAAGGCGGCAAGUUGUAUGCAGUGAAGGUUGUCAAAAAAGCAGAUAUGAUCAAUAAAAAUAUGACUCAUCAGGUACAAGCUGAGAGAGAUGCACUGGCACUAAGCAAAAGUCCUUUCAUUGUCCACUUGUAUUAUUCACUGCAGUCAGCAAACAAUGUCUACUUGAUAAUGGAGUAUCUUAUUGGUGGAGAUGUCAAGUCUCUCCUACAUAUAUAUGGUUAUUUUGAUGAAGAGAUGGCUGUGAAAUAUAUUUCUGAAGUAGCAUUGGCACUAGACUACCUUCAUAGACAUGGAAUCAUCCACAGGGAUUUGAAACCAGAUAAUAUGCUUAUUUCUAAUGAGGGUCAUAUUAAACUGACAGAUUUUGGCCUCUCCAAAGUGACUCUGAAUAGAGAUAUCAAUAUGAUGGAUAUCCUUACAACACCUUCAAUGGCUAAACCUAAAGAAGAUUAUUCAAGAACCCCAGGACAAGUAUUAUCUCUCAUCAGUUCUUUGAGAUUUUUCACACCAGUUGCAGAAAAAAAUCAAGACUCUAYAGAUAACAUUUCAACUCAUCUGUCUGAAACAACACAAUUUUCUCAAGGAUUAAUUUGUCCUAUGUCUAUAGAUCAAAAGGAGGCUAAUCCUUAUUCUAGCAAACUACUAAAAUCAUGUCUUGAAACAUUUGCCUCCAACCCAGGAGUUCCUGUGAAAUGUCUAACUUCAAAUCUGCUCCAGUCUAGGAAAAGACUGGCUACCUCUAGUGCCAGUAGUCAAUCCCACACCUUUGUAUCCAGUGUGGAAUCAGAGUGUCACAGCAGUCCCAAAUGGGAAAAGGAUUGCCAGGAAAGUGAUGAAGCAUCGGGCUCUACAAUGAUGAGUUGGAAUACAGUUGACAAGUUAUGUGCAAAAUCUGCAAAUGCUGUUGAGACCAAAAGUUUCCAUAUAAAGGAUCUUGAGUUAGCCCUUUCUCCCAUUCACAACCCCAGUGCCAUUCCUGCCACUGGAAGCUCUUGUGUAAACCUUGCUAAAAAAUGCUUCUCUGGGGAAGUUUCUUGGGAAGCAAGAGAACUGGAUGUAAUUAAUGUAAAUAUGGCUACUGACACAAUUCAGUCUAGUUUCCAUGAGUCAAAGCAGUGGAAUGUAAAUUCUAGUGAUGUAUCUGAAGAGCACCUUGGAAAAAAAAGUUUAAAAAGAAAAAUUGAGUUGGUUGACUCUAGUCCUUGUCAGGAAAUUAUACAAAAUAAAAAAAACUGUGGGGAGUAUAACCAUAGUAUGAUGAAUUGUAACACAAAUCAAAAUUCAGGCUUAACAGCUGAAGUUCAGAAGUUGAAAUUAUCAGUGCACAGAAGUCAGCAAAAUGACUGUGCUAAUAAGGAAAACAUUGUCGAUUAUUUUACUGAUGAACAACAAACAUCAGAAAAAUUACCUAUACCAACGAUAGCAAAAAACCUUAUGUGUGAACUAGAGGAAGAUUGUGAAAAGACUAAUAAGGACUACUUAAAUUCUAAUUUUCUAUGCUCUGAUGAUGAUAGAGGUCCCAAAAGUAUUAAUAUGGACUCAGAUUUGUCUUUUCCUGGAAGUUCUAUCAUGGAAAGUUCAUUAGAAAGACAAUCCUUAGAUCCAGAUAAAAGUUUCAAGGAAUCCUCUUUUGAAGAAUCAAAUAUUGAAGAUCUACUUAUUGUAUCACCAAACUGCCAAGAAAAUACCUUGCCAAAACAAGAUGAGAACCCUGUUAUCCAAGAUAAUAACCAAAAAAUAUUAGCUCCUUCUUCAGAUGUAUUGAAGACCUUAACUCUUUAUAAAAGAAAUGCUGUAGUUUUUCGAAGUUUUAAUAGUCAUAUUAAUGCAUCCAAUAAUUCAGAACCAUCCAAGAUGAGCAUCACUUCUUUUGAUGCAAUGGAUAUUUCAUGUGGUUAUACUGGCUCAGAUCCCAUGGCUAUCACCCCUACUCAUAAAGGAACACCCUAUAUGCCAUAUCAGCAGACCCCAAAUCAGAUCAAAUCAGGAACUUCAUACCGAACUCCAAAAAGUGUGAGAAGAGGGGCAGCCCCAAUGGAUGAUGGGCGAAUUCUAGGAACCCCAGACUACCUGGCACCUGAGCUGUUAUUGAGCACAGCCCAUGGGUUUCUGACUUCAGGUCCUGCAGUAGACUGGUGGGCACUUGGAGUUUGCUUGUUUGAAUUUCUAACUGGAAUUCCCCCUUUUAAUGAUGAGACACCACAACAAGUAUUCCAGAAUAUUCUGAAAAGAGAUAUCCCUUGGCCAGAAGGUGAUGAAAAGUUAUCUGAUAAUGCUCAAAGUGCAGUAGAAAUACUUUUAACUAUUGAUGAUACAGAGAGAGCUGGAAUGAAAGAACUGAAACGUCAUCCUCUCUUCAGUGAUGUAGACUGGGAAAAUCUGCAACAUCAAACUAUGCCUUUCAUACCUCAACCAGAUAAUGAAACAGAUACUUCCUAUUUUGAAGCCAGGAAUAACGCUCAGCAUCUGACUGUAUCUGGAUUUAGUCUAUAGCAUGUAAAUGUUUCUUUUAUUUAAAACUUGUAUUAUAGAAUAAGCUUCAUAAUUAUAUACUCUUUAAUACUAAACUGAUAAAAGAGGGAUCAAAAUAAUUAUUCUACCUGGGUUGAUGAGCUUUUAAUGUAUGUGACAGCUUUCACAGAGUUAAAAAGAUAUAAGAAAUGUAAUUAGUAAUAUCUCAACUUGAGAACUGUAUAUAAAUCUUCAAAUCUUUUUAAAUCUUAUUUAUUUUAUUUUCUGCACUUUAUGAAAAGUAAAGCAUCAAUAAAAUUAGA